CAGCGGUGGGCGUUGCAUUGUGCUGGUGCCGGGCUGUGUGGUAGAAGCGGUAGCUGUAGCAGAGUGCUGCGCUGUGCACUUUGUUCAGUCCUCCAGCCCGGGGCUGUCCCGGUGACCCGGGUGUGCUGAGCAUGGAGCACAAGGAAGGCAAGCCGAACCCACUGGAGAGAGCUAACUUCUGCUCCAAACUCUUCUUCUGCUGGUUGAAUUCUUUAUUUCUUAUUGGUCACAAACGGAAGCUCGAAGAAGAUGACUUGUAUAACGUGCUACCAGAAGACACUUCAGAGAGACUUGGAGAAGAACUCCAGUGGUUCUGGGAUGAAGAAUUACAAAAAGCACAGAAGGAAGGCCGAGCCCCACGUUUAACCAAAGCAAUUAUACAAUGCCAUUGGAAGGCCUACUCUGUCCUAGGAUUUUUUACUCUAAUUGAGGAAAGUGUCAAGGUGAUCCAGCCAAUUUUCCUUGGAAAUGUUGUGAGUUACUUUGAAAUGGAUAAUCCCAGUGAUGCCGCCCUGGCUAGUGCCUACAUAAACGCUGCAGCCUUGUCCGUCUGUACUUUGCUUUUGGCAGUCUUUCAUCAUAUUUAUUUCUAUCAUGUUCUUCGAGCUGGCAUGAAACUCCGUGUUGCUAUGUGUCAUAUGAUCUAUAGAAAGGCCCUUCGUCUCAGUAACACAGCCAUGGGAAAAACAACUACAGGGCAAAUUGUCAAUCUUUUGUCAAAUGAUGUCAAUAAGUUUGAUCAGGUGACCAUAUUCUUGCACUUUUUAUGGGCUGGACCCUUGCAGGCCAUUGCAGUUACAGUUCUUCUUUGGUUAGAGAUUGGGCCCUCCUGUAUGGCUGGAAUGGCAGUGCUGAUAAUCCUGAUGCCUCUGCAAACUUGUCUUGGAAAACUCUUUACUUCAUUGAGGGGCAAGACAGCAGCCAUCACCGACAUCAGAAUCCGAACCAUGAAUGAAGUAAUAUCUGGAAUGAGAAUAAUUAAGAUGUAUGCUUGGGAACAGCCAUUUACAGAACUUGUAAAUGAAAAUAGAAAGAAGGAGAUUUCCAAAGUCCUUCUAAGCUCUUAUCUGCGUGGACUCAACUUGGCCUCUUUCUUUGUUGCAAGCAAAAUCAUCGUGUUUGUAACUUUCACCACGUAUGUUCUGCUUGGCAAUGUUAUCACAGCCAGUCGAGUGUUUGUUGCAGUGUCCCUUUAUAGUGCAGUGAGACUCACUGUCACUCUCUUCUUCCCCUCAGCUAUUGAGAGGGUAUCUGAGGCCAAAGUCAGCAUAAGGAGGAUUAAGAACUUUUUGUUGCUUGAUGAGGUUUCAAAACCAGCUGUAUACCAACCAGAGGAAAAUGAGGAAGACCUGCUGGUACAAAUUCAAGAUCUAACCUGUUACUGGGACAAGACCUUGGAAAUGCCAACCCUUCAGAAUAUCUCAUGCAGUGUGAGACCUGGGGAAUUGCUGGCUGUAAUCGGACCUGUUGGAGCAGGGAAAUCUUCUCUUCUGAGUGCAGUUCUGGGUGAAUUACCAAAAGAUAAAGGCUUUGUGGACAUCAGAGGAAGAAUCGCCUAUGUCUCCCAGCAGCCCUGGGUGUUUUCAGGCACUGUCAGAAGUAACAUAUUAUUUGGGAAGGAAUACAUUCGAGAGAAAUAUGAAAGAGUCCUGAGGGUGUGUGCACUGAAAAAGGACAUGCUGCAGUUAGAUGACGGUGACCUGACUAUGAUCGGAGAUCGUGGUGUUACACUAAGUGGAGGACAGAAAGCGCGUGUGAAUCUAGCCAGGGCAGUUUAUCAAGAUGCUGACAUUUAUCUUUUGGAUGAUCCCCUGAGUGCUGUUGAUGCUGAGGUUGGGAGGCAUUUGUUUGAAAAGUGCAUCUCCCAGGCUCUUCGUAAGAAGCUCUGCAUCUUGGUGACCCAUCAGCUUCAGUACCUGACUGCCGCCAAACACAUUCUUAUCCUUAAAGAGGGCCAGAUGGUAGGAAAGGGAACAUUUGCGGAACUGCUGCAGUCGGGUGUCGAUUUUGCAUCCCUCCUGAAAAGUGGGGACGAAGAGCUUCCUGAAGGGCAGCUGGUAAAGUCCUCCAGAAUCCGGACUUUUUCUCAGUCUUCAGUGUGGUCACAAGAAUCCUCUGUACAGUCACAGAAAGAGGGGGCCGCAGACACACUACCGACUGAACCUGUGCUGACUGCAGUUCCAGAGGAGAGCCGAUCUGAGGGAACUGUGGGCUUCAAGGUCUACAAGAAAUACUUCCUGUCUGGGUCCAGUUAUCUGAUGAUUUUUAUUUUUUUAUUCCUAAACAUCCUAGCACAGGUGGCCUAUGUUUUGCAAGACUGGUGGCUUUCUUACUGGGCAUCAGAACAAGAGAAGCUGAAUGUCACCAAUGUCAUUGAGGGAACCAAUGUAACCGAAACAGAGAAGUUAGAUAAUACAUUUUAUCUAGGAGUCUAUGCAGGUUUAACUGUGGCUACCAUCAUAUUUGGGAUUCUCCGUAGCUUACUCGUGUUUCAAGUCCUUGUUUCUGCUGCUCAGGCUUUGCACAACCAAAUGUUCCAGUCACUCCUACGUGCACCAGUGUUGUUUUUCGACAGGAACCCAAUUGGAAGGAUUCUGAACCGAUUCUCCAAAGAUAUUGGACAUCUGGAUGACUUGCUGCCUUUUACAUUUUUGGACUUCUUGCAGGUGUUUCUUCAAAUUUUAGGUGUAAUUGCUGUUGCCAUCGCUGUCAUUCCUUGGAUAUUAAUUCCCUUGCUUCCUCUUGUUAUUGCAUUUUAUUUCUUGAGGAGGUAUUUUCUCGAAACGUCACGUGAUAUUAAACGACUGGAAUCAACAACUCGAAGUCCAGUGUUCUCCCAUCUGUCCUCUUCUCUCCAAGGACUUUGGACCAUUAGGGCAUUUAAAGCAGAGGAGCGAUUUCAGCAUUUAUUUGAUUCACAGCAAGACCUUCAUUCUGAGGCCUGGUUUUUAUUCCUGACGACAUCCCGUUGGCUUGCAGUGCGUCUGGAUGCCAUAUGCGCCUUGUUUGUUAUAGCCAUUGCCUUUGGUUCACUAAUUCUUUCAAAAACUCUCGAAGCAGGACAGGUUGGUUUGGCGCUCUCUUACGCCAUAACAAUUAUGGGAUCUUUCCAGUGGGGAGUAAGGCAAAGCGCAGAAGUUGAAAAUCUAAUGAUCUCAGUCGAACGAGUCAUGGAGUAUACCCAGUUGGAAAAGGAAGCUGAGUGGGAAUCUAAAAGACGUCCACCAUUUGACUGGCCAAGCAAGGGUAUGAUAGCAUUUGAAAAUGUCAAUUUCGCCUACAGUUUGGAUGGCCCGUUGGUUCUGAGACAUUUAACUGCCCUAAUUCGACCAAAGGAAAAGGUUGGAAUAGUAGGAAGAACGGGAGCUGGAAAGAGUUCCCUUAUCUCGGCUCUUUUUCGUCUUGCUGAACCUGAAGGAAAAAUUUGGAUUGAUAAAAUUUUAACAUCUGAAAUUGGUUUGCAUGAUUUGAGGCAGAAGAUGUCUAUAAUACCCCAGGAGCCUGUGUUAUUCACCGGGACAAUGAGGAAAAACCUUGAUCCUUUUGACGAGCAUACUGAUGAGGAACUGUGGGAUGCUUUAGAAGAGGUGCAGCUAAAGGAAGCCAUUGAAGAGUUGCCUGGUAAAAUAGAGACUCAGUUGGCUGAAUCUGGGUCCAACUUCAGUGUAGGACAGAGGCAGCUUGUUUGUCUUGCUCGAGCUAUUUUGAGGAAGAAUCGGAUAUUAAUUAUUGAUGAAGCAACAGCCAAUGUCGACCCCAGAACAGAUGAACUGAUUCAGAAGACGAUUCGGGAAAAGUUUGCUGAGUGCACAGUACUAACUAUUGCACACAGGCUGAACACCAUCAUCGACAGUGAUAAAAUUAUGGUGCUUGAUUCAGGAAGAGUUAAAGAAUUUGAUGAACCAUACAACUUGCUGCAAAAUAAAGAAAGCCUUUUCCACAAAAUGGUGCAACAGGUUGGGAAGACAGAAGCUUCUUCUCUUACAGAAAUAGCCAAACAGGUGUCUUUGAACCGAACUCAGCAAGCCAACAAGAAAAAUAUUUCCAGGGACCCAUCUGAACCAUUUAUAAUUUUCGAAACUGCUCUUUGACAGUAUUUUUUUUUUUUUUUUAAAGUGCAUUCAGGUAGCAUUAAUGGUCGCCUCUUGGCACCUAGUGUGUGCUGGCGGGGCUAUCCAUUGGUUUAUUAGAUGCCUUACUAAAGCCAGUGUUCUUGAUACAUUCAUGCCUAUUGUUGUUAAUAGCAGUAUUGAAAUAAUCACUGCUGUACUUGUUAGACACUUUGUUGUAGCAUGGAAAUGUUGGAUUAUGGUUUAGCCACAUGACUUGAAGUUUGAUACAGCAGUGCCAUAUGGUCAAACUGCUGCUCUUAAGAGUUUCCAUCCACCUCUAGUUGUGAGUUUGUUUUCAAACCUUUGUACUGUUUUUUGGCCAGUAUCAGUCAGCCAGUGAGAAGUAAAUAUGUUCAACUACUCCCUGACUUUUUUUUUUAUAGUUUGUAAAAUGAAAGGUGAUAAGUCCUUAAAGCAGAACUCCAGGCAAACCGAUGAAACACAGUUCAAUACAUAUAUUUAGCAAAGGGUUCGAAAAUUCUGUUGAGGCACUCUCGUCACACAACACUGCCAAAUCACUGGGGUUGAUUUACUUAAACUGGAGAGUGCAAAAUCUAGAGCAGCUGUACACGGUAGCCAAUCGGGUUCAGCUUGUUCAGUUAAGCUUUGACUAAAAAGCCUUGGAAGCUGAUUGGUUUCUAUGCAGAGCAGCACCAGAUUUUACACACUCCAGUUUUAGUAAAUCAACCCCGCUGAUCCCUAUUUGCGCUUUGUAGCUCCCUCUUUCACCUGCCUGUAUAUUCUACAGUGAAUUAGUAACAUCACUCUUCUGACUCUUCUGAUUGCAUUGGCCAGUGAAAUUGCCAAUUGGCUGCUCAGGCACCAAGCCCUGCAUUGUGAGGAAGCAUGGAGGUCGUUUUGUUUCGGCUGGUCACACAAAGCAGCAACUAAGUGAGUGGAAAAUAUCUUGCCCUCCAACUGGGCAAAAUACAGAGUAUGCAGGUGACAGGAAUAUUGAAUAGGCAAUUGUGUUGUCAUUUAACUGUAUUGGGGCAAGGGUGAAUCCCAAGACAGAAGAACCAUUUGGCAGGAAAAAAAUACCAUAUGUGUAUUUCAUCUGUGUAUUUCGUGAUUGCCUGCAGUUCCACUUUUUUUUUAAUCAAUUUAUAAUUUAAUUUGGAAUUUCAUGGAAUUCAAGCCUUUGAUCAUAAUAAUCAAAUGUAUGUUUACAUGGCCUUGUAUUAUACAUUUUUAAAAACCAAAUGGAAACUAAAACCUUCAUUUUAAUUUCAUGCACAAUGAUUUCAUUGUUGGCCAGGUAUACUAAUAGAAGACACCUUGCUGAUUUACUAAAAGAGUAGAGCGUGUUCUGACUGUGGCGAAAGUUCGCAAAGAAUAUUUAGUAACGUGCAAGGAAAAUAGAAAAAAAUGUACUUUUGCUUGCAUAUAAUUGAUUGGAUGAUUGAGCUUUACCUCAUUCACUUAGCUAAAGUAAAAUUCUCAUGCAAAUUGAAAAUUCACUUUUUUAUGUGAACAACCUAUUUGCAGGAUAUUGAAUUUUUACAGAUUUUCUCAGGGUAAUUUCUACUCUUACCAGCCUUUCCUUGCAGCUGCAGAAGAAACAUUUCUGUUGCCUACCAAACCGAAAUGUGCCUUAAGCUUUCCUGAAACUGUGUUAAUGUUUACACCAAGGUUUUUUUGUUCUGAUUUGAACUGGUUUCAUGUUGUCGAUACCUUAAUAGUGACCUACAUAUGCACACAUUACUACAGAUUAUCCCAAUUGCUUUGUGAAAGGGAUCUGGAUUUUCAGCUAGCAAAUGUUUCCAUCUCAGUCUUUUUGACUUUCACGCUGUAUUUCAAGAAACAAUCAGUUAAAUGCUAUUAAUGCAAUUAGUAUUCAUGGUCUGUGAUUAAUGCUAACAUAUCAGUUGAACUUAAUUCAUAAAUGCUUGUAAUUAUGAUCUGUACCCCAAAGACACACAGAAAGUAUAUGCAUUCAGUCUGUUCAGAUCAUCAAGGCCUUCUAAUGCACUUAUGUCAGUUGUGUUUGUUUUGUUGUUCUUGAUUGCUGUACACUACAAUGACUUAUUCUUGUCUCUUUUGUAAGUUUGUGUUAAAAAAAAAUGCUGUAUUUAAAAAACAGGUUUAUCAUUUUAACUAAAGGGAAAGCCAUUGUUUUAUCAUUUACUCUAAUUAUUGUAAUUGUGGAAUUAUAUUAUUUGAUAGCUGUGCAUUUUUUUUAUUAGGCAAAGGAAGCUGUAUGUUCUGUUGUCUCUAGUCUUCAAAAGAUAUAAAAAAAAGUUUGACCAAUAUUACCCUGCAACGUGGCUCUCAACUCCCUUUGAUCCUCACAAGGAGACACACAUUAUCUUGAAUUUGCAUAGAGUUUAUUAAAUGUGUAAUGUUUCGUAAAAGCGUUUAACGCUGUUAUCAAAAUAUAAUUUUUUAUAAUUAAUUUGGAACAUCAACAGUUGCUUACCCUUGUUCUUUAUGUUACCCUCUAGUUUACUUGAUAGUAGUUAUGGUUUCAACUCUCAUAUAUUGGUAACUGUCUAAGUUUAGCACAGCAUUACAGCAAAUAUGUCAUUCAAUUUUUAAUUUAUUCUUUUUUUCCUUUUGGCGUUCAUUGCCUAGUGGGAUACUACUAAGUACAAAUGGUAACACUGAACUGUCAGAAAACUAGGAUGUUGUAAUAGGUUUAUUCACUCAUAGUUUGAUUAAAGUAGGAUGAAAUGUAAAAGAUGUCUACAACCUGAUUCUUGAAAAAUGGAUCUGAACCCAUGGCUACUAGUAUGUAUGGUGGCUCUGCUGUUAUUUAAAAAAAUUAUGAAUGCUACAUUAACUUUUUAAUGUAGUAUUGUCAGUUGAGUCUACCAUACACAGUAGCUGUGUAAAUAGUGUAUUCUUUUACAUACGGUGCUAAGUGGAGGCCUAAUGUAGACAAAGAAAUGCUGUGCCAGAUGCAACAGCUAGAGGAAACCCUAAUAGGUAGGACUUUUAUCACACCAGAUGCGGUGUUGUGCAGCCCGAUGCAUACACAAAUAGACAAGACAAAAUGCCUGGUUUCAUAUGCUGUCAGUUCACACCAGAAAAAAAAGUACAGCAUGCAGAUUUUUUUACAGCUCAGCAUGUUGUGCCAUAAACCAAGACAAGUGCCACUGCAUUAAAUACAUCUGUUAAAUCUGUAUUUAUGACAAUAAAAAUGCUGUAAAAAAA